CCUUCUUCGAAAUUUACGUUUCUAGAUCGAGUUGUUUUCAGAGAAAUCACCAUAUUUAAAUCCGCAAAAAAAUAUAUAGUAUAGAUACAUCUUUGAUGUAGUGACUUUUUUUGUUAAAAACACAUUAUUUAACAUUUCACUCGAUAAAAAAAAAAGCUGAAGUAAAGUCGAUUUUGAAAGUAUUUUAAGUUUUAUGAGACUUGGGAGAACGCAACUUUUAUGAAAAUUUUACAUUUCAUUUACUAAUCGGGUUUGACAGGGAUAUUAUUAGAUAAAUUUGUAAUAUGGCAAAUUAUUUUUUUAAUAUAAAAUAAAUACGUGAAAACGGCACGCGCGCGUCGCGCGCACCGCGCCAGUGUCCUGCCGGACGUCAUCAAGGGAGGACCUAUGCAACUUUUGCUCGCGACCACAAAUUAUCGAUGCCGCGCGCGUAAAUAAACGUGUUGUAUUAUAAGUAAUUAAAAUGGCGAAUAAAAAGAACAAAAUUAAGAAAAAAAGGGUAUCUGAAGUGAAGAAAAUCCGAAAAUGUAUUGCUGCUCUGAGACCACGUACCGAAAAAGGUACUUUGAUGUCCAAAACAAGUACCGAUGGGCACUCUAAAGAAGGACAGGAUGCAAAAACUAGGGAUGACGAAGAUAAUUCCAUGAUUGUUGAAACUGAAAACCAUGAAGACAAACUUCAAAAGACAACUGGAAAAGACAAAGAUGAUUCCAUUAUUGUUGAAACUGAAAAUCAAGAAGAGGAAGAUGAUUACUAUAACGUUGAACCUGAAAUUCAAGAAGACCAGUUCCAAACAGUGACAGGACGACGCGUUAUUGAUAUCAAUUAUUUAUUUAGUCAAUUACAAGAAAAAGCACGUCACAACAACUUGUUCGACUGCAAACAGGAAAAUUUUCAGCUAAUCAGUGAAAAAAGAAUUGGCUUAAUUUCAGUAUUUAAAUUUGAAUGUAAUAUUUGUAAACAACUUUGCUUUAUAAAUUCCGAAAAGACUGAGUCAAAAGUUAAUGUAAAUAUCGCAGCCACCACUGGCAUGGUAGCAACAGGGAUUGGCUACUCACAAUUCGAAGAGCUUUUUUCUGCAAUGAACAUUCCCGUAUUUUCUACAAAUUAUUACAAUCAACUCCAGGAUAAAGUGUACGAAUGUUGUGAAAAAACAGCAGCCGCAUCGAUGCAAGAUGCCGCAGAAGAAGAAAAGAAAUUGGCUAUCGCAGAAGGUCGCACCAAAAAUGGCAUACCAGUAAUUGAUGUUUACGUGGAUGCUUCUUGGUGUGCAAGAUCGUAUGGAUCGAAUUAUAAAGCUGCAUCUGGAACUGCAGCAAUUAUCGGUAGAAGAACCGGUAAAAUAAUUUUUCUGGCUGUAAAAAAUAAAUACUGCCUCGUGUGCGCCCGCGCAGAGAACAAAAAUGUCGCUCCUAACGAGCACAAAUGUUUUAAAAAUUUCCAUGGUUCGUCAUGUUCAAUGGAGGGCCAGAUAAUUGCAGAGGGUUUCAAACUUUCCAUUUCCAUGUAUGGAAUAAUUUACAAAAGAAUGAUUGCAGACGGAGACGCCUCGACAUACGCAAAAGUACUAAAAGAAAAUCCAUAUAAAGACCAAAAUAUUACAGUAGAGAAAAUUGAGUGCAGAAAUCACAUAUUGAGAAAUUUAUGCAAAAAAUUACGUAGUCUAGUUUCAGAAACAAAAUACCUUUUAGCUCACCGAAAAACUUUGACAGAUGUGAAAAUUAUGUCAAUGAGGAAAGCAAUAGUAAGGUCAGUUAUACACCAUAAUAAAAAUCUUAAGGACGAUGCUGUAACUAUCCUUCACAGUGAUAUAAUCAAUUCUGUAGCGCAUGCAUACGGCGAUCACAGGAUGUGUCAGGAUUAUAACUGUGACAAAGAAAAACUGUAUAGCGACGGACUGAAAACCAUUCGAAAUUCAACAUUUCUGUUCCGGAUAAAUUCGAUUAUUUCUAAUGUGGCAGUAAAAUCACGAAGUUUAAUAGAGAACGUUAAUACAAAUCUUGUCGAAUGUUUCAACAAUGUCAUUGCGAAGUUUAUAGGAGGAAAGCGAAUUAAUUUUGCCUUGAAACGAGGCUAUCAAGCACGAUGUAAUGCUGCGGUGGUAAAAUUUAACGAAAAGUCAGCAAUAUCGUUUAUAAAAAACACAUUAAGAAAUACAAAUCGACCAGAAGAGGGAUUAGCUGAAGUUGUGGAAAGGAAAAGAGAAGAAGCCCAGAAAAGAAAAAACAACACGGAACGUCCAGCUAAAAGGAAAAUCAGGAAAUUGGCAGACACGAAACCAAAACAAAAUGACUAUGGCCCCGCUAGUUUAGACCCAGAUAUGUCCCUGUCUGAACUAGAAGUAGCUAAAAAAGAAUUUCUAAAAAACUUAGAAAUUCUUACUGCUGACAAGGAUGCGAUUGAGCGCACUACAAUAUUACAACGAGACAGUAGCGAAUGGCUAGAAAUUCGAAAAAAUCUUAUUACUGCCUCCAAUUUCGGUCCUAUUUGCAAAAGGCAAGUAUCAAAAGAUACCGCACCAUUAGUAAAAAAUAUUUUAUAUAAAACAAAUUUAGGCCGUGUUGCAUCCAUUGCUUACGGUAUUGAAAAUGAGCAGCAAGCAUUGCACAAGAUACAACAACAAGAAAACGUAUCUAUUGAGCCCUGUGGUCUGUUUAUAGAUACAGAAUUCCCAUUCAUUGGUGCUACGCCAGAUGGGCUCAUUGGAAAGGACAUUCUGGUGGAAGUCAAAUGUCCUUUUUCAGCAUUAAAAAUUGGCUUAAAAAAAGCCAUAGAAGAAAAUAAAGUACAAAUACUAAAAUUUAAUAAAAAAACGCGCACUACGUCAAUUAAUACAAAUAGUAAUUGGUUUUACCAAAUACAGGGACAGUUGCAUGUGGCAAGACGACGGCAAUGUCUACUCGGAAUUUGGGCCGGAGAAAAAGAGCCAGUCCACAUAGAAAUGAUUAAAAGAGAUGACUUAUUUUGGAAAUCUAAAAUGGAGUCCAAAAUAAUACGAUUUUACCAUAAAUGCCUACUUCCUGAAAUAGUGAACCCCAGACAUACGCGUGGUAUGAGCAUAAGAAGCCUGACCCUUGAAGACAACAUAUCAUCCGAAAAUAAGGAAAAUGAGGAAUCGCAAGACAAUCCUGAUUCCCAACUCGGAGGGGAGUGCCAUGAGGAUUGUGGCUUUGACCCUCUUAGAGGAGACUCGCGCCUAGCAUUGAGGAAUGUCUCGGUCGAUGAAAUUGAACCUGGACCUAGCACACGACCACUAAAUUUUUGUGAAUUUUAAUUUUUAUACCUCAUCAUCCUCCGAGCCUUUUCCCAAUCAUGUUGGGGUCGGCUUCCAGUCUAACCGGAUUCAGCUGAGUACCAGUGC